AUGGAAUUAAAUCUAUCUAUCUAUCUAUCUAUCUAUCUAUCUAUCUAUCUAUCUAUCUAUCUAUCUAUCUAUCUUAUACAUUUCAUUUCUUUCUCGCUAAUUUUUUUGCAUUUCUAUUUAUCUGUCUCAUACUUUUCAUUUCUUUCUCUAUCUCUCUAUCUUCAUUUAUCUAUCUAUCUAUCUAUCUAUCUAUCUAUCUAUCUAUCUAUCUAUCUAUCUAUCUUCAUUUCUUCUUCUCUGCAUCGGUCUAAUUCUAUUCCUAUCUAUCUAUCUAUCUAUCUAUCUUCAUUUCUUCUUCUCUGCAUUGGUAUAAUUCUAUUCCUAUCUAUCUAUCUAUCUAUCUAUCUAUCUAUCUAUCUAUCUAUCUAUCUAUCUAUCUAUCUAUCAAAUUCUCUUCAUUUCUAUCUAUGUAUCUCUCUCAUACUUUUAAUUUCUUUCGAUCUGUUCAUCUCUCUAUAUCAUUCUUUUUCAUUUCUAUCUAUCUAUCUAUCUAUCUAUCUAUCUAUCUAUCUAUCUAUCUAUCUAUCUAUCUAUCAAAUUCUAUUCUCUCUCUAUCUAUCUAUCUAUACGCACUUCCGUUGCCCUGUCAGUUCGUUCUCUCUGAAAACACUCACAUCUCACGACGAGCUGGAUAUUUAG